AUGGUUGAAGAUCAAUUUCCUAUUGGAAUGCGUGUUCUGGUUGUUGAAGAUGACUUAAUAUGUCUCAAGAAUUUGGAGAGACUUCUCCAAGAGUGUCAAUACAAUGUAACCAUUGCUCAGAGUGGAAUAACUGCGUUGAACAUGUUGAGCGAAAACAAAAACAAUUUUGACAUGUUAAUGACUAAUGUUCAAAUCCCAGACAUUGAUGGAUUCAUGCUGCUCGAGCUUGUUGGAAUGCACCUACCUGUAAUAUUGUUUUCUUCGAAUGAUGAUCCAAGGAUGGUGAUGAGAGGAGUUUUACAUGGUGCUUGUGAUUAUCUUGUGAAACCUAUUAGAAUGGAAAAACUACAGCUCAUUUGGCAACAUGUAAUCAGAAAAAAAGCUGUGCCAAGAAAGAUUCUUCAUAUAAUGAAUGUUGAAAAUCUUACAAACCAGAAUGUGGCCAGCCAUCUCCAGAAAUAUAGACUCUACUUGAAAAGAAUUAGCAGUGUGGAAAACCAACAAACUAAUAUGGUGACAGCCAUUGGUAGAAGUUCAGAUACAUCCUAUUCAAGAAUAAGUUCUCUUAGUGAAGUUGGAGAUUAUUUGCAUGCUUUGAAUGGCUCUACAGAGAUUAAUAGGCAUAAAAAUCCAUUGAUGAUGGAAUCAAAGAAGCUAGUUGAAACAAACUCUAAUCUUCAAAUAAGCUAUGCAGUUCCUAUGAGUGUUGUUGAAUCUGGAGGAAACUUAGAUUACAAUUAUUGGGAUUCAUUAAUAACUAAUGCUAUAUACAAAUAG